UGUAAGCAAACCGUGUUUCUUUGAGUUGAAGUUGUACCUAAGACAAAUCCUCUUGCCUCUGCAGCAUGGAUUUCUCUACAGCAUAAAUCUUAAUCAUUGAUCAUAUUCUCUCUUAUGGAUGAUGGGAUUCAACAAUUAGAACUUCAUUCUGAAAAUGAGAACCCCUUUUGUCGGAUUCAGCUGCAUACUUGUGCUUCUUGCUUUCGCCUCUGCUUCCUGUUCUUCUACCUAUGGAAGUAUGGAAAUGGAGAGAACUUUGGCGAUUAUAAAACCAGACGGAUUAAUUGGUAACUACACCGAUGAUAUCAAGAGAACAAUUGUAGAAUAUGGUUUCACCAUUUUUAAGGAAAAGAUUGUUCAACUUGAUCAAGCCACUGUAGAAAAGUUUUAUGCCGAGCACUCUUCAAAAGGUUUCUUUUCCAGACUUACAAAAUACAUGACAAGUGGACCAGUGUUGGCUAUGAUCUUGGAGAAGGAUAACGCUAUUGCUGAUUGGCGUGCUUUAAUGGGUCCUACUGAUGCAAGCAAGGCUAAGAUUACUCACCCUCACAGUAUCAGAGCAAGAUGUGGAUUGGAUAUAGAAAGGAAUUGUGUUCAUGGUUCAGACUCUCCUAAAUCUGCACAAAGAGAGAUUUCAUUCUUCUUUAAGGAGCUGUCCGCAGAUGUGGUUGCAGAGCAUGAUGAAUUGUAGCUGCUACAACUUUGAAGCAUAAACACAACUUGUUUGUAGUUUUUUUUGUGUAGCAUGAAAAUUAUACAACGGAAAUGUAUGUUAAUGGGAGAGAAAAAAAAUUAUAGGUUUUUAUCCAAUCACAUUGUAUAUUUUCUCCGACCAAUGUAUGGUAGCAUGUUUGCCUACUGUUCUUGUAUCCUUUGACAAAGUACAAGAAUCAAUUUCAUUUAUUGUAACUCAUAUUUUAAUAUAAAAUAUGUCAUU